GGCAUGUUGGCUUCCGUUGCAGACUGUCCACGGGAUAUCGACUGAAGCAGCACGCAUGGGUGUCCACCACCUCCGCCAUCCACAGAGGUCUACGCGCCACCAGAGAUGAUGGACGGGAGAGAAGGGGAGGCAGAGACCGGUCCAUUGGGAGCCGUCCUCCAUCACGAGAUGCACGCGAGGCUCGAGUGCCCAAGCCAUCUGCCCAGGAUCGGCGGCGACUGAGUGCCUACUCGGAGCCUGAGACCAGUUCCCGGCCUGGAAGGCGAUUUGAAGGCCGCGAUGCAUUCGCAAGCGAGACCAGACGAGGACCGCCGUCGAAAGAUGGCUUGCCCGAUCGCCGUAGAUCUGGCUUCCAAGGCGGCGACAGGUCUGGUCAAUACGCCGAGCGAAGAAGUGCUUCAAGAAGUGACGCUUUUGACGACACUCGAGGCGACCGCAGCAGGACCAGCCGCGACGUGGAAUAUAGAGCCUCGUCUGAACGAGGUUCAUCGUUCAGAGAUCGCACGCCUGCAUCCCGAGAGCGCAGUACGGGGCGCUAUUCCGAGAGAAGCUCUUCAGAUCGCGGCUCGUCCUUUCCAGAUCGUGGCAGACGAGACCGCAAUGACUUUCCCCGUGAUAGACCCUUCAACCCGGGACGCCGAGAACGCGCCGAGAGAGCAGGUCGCUCGAGUGAUUCCGCUGAGGACUCAACGACCUUCUCGGUCAUUCCAGCCUCGAACCGCAGGAGUGAAUACAAAUCUGAUCUGGGUUUCCGGGGACAGCCAAACUCGCGCGCUCAACCUGGGCCGGCUGAGGGACUCCUCCGGGCUGUCAAGGAUGCGUGUCGUCAGGUCCAUUUCCUGCAGCAAAAGCAAGAAGCCGGCGAGACUCAUGGUCUGGAUGACCUGAUCCGAGAUGCGAAAGUGUCGCUCAAGACUGUGAAUUCCUUUAUUACCUCAGGUAGCUUCAAUCAGGAUAAGCCCGCCGAGGCAGUAGUCUCACUUUUACACAAGAAGGCCAGAUCUGGCACAUUCUUGGCUGGCCAGAUGCCCGACGGCAAGAGAAGCGUCAUCUAUGUAACGAGAGAUGGGGCGAUUGAUCUUGCGGUUGGCACGCCUGCGCCUGGGACGGUAAGGCCCCGAAACCCAGAUUCCACAGGAAGUGCGCAGUCGAUGGAGCCCAGCAAAUACGAGCGUCGUGCCACGAGGAACGAUGACAGACCAUCUAGACGCAGACGAGUAGAGGAGGACGAAGAAGAGGAUGAGAUCCCAGUCUCAAUUCCUUACACCACCGCAGCAAGCGAAUUCAUCUACGGCUACAACAGUGUUAUUGCAGCGCUGAAAGCUCGACGUCGGAAGCUCUACAAACUCUACAUUCAUCGCAAGAUCUUUGAAGAAGUCGUAGGAGCGCAGGGCACUACUUCUGGAGAGAAGCCAGUUAACGAGCUUAUGGCUCUUGCCAAAGAAGCAGGCAUCCCCUUUCACAACGAGUCCAAGACAGCGAUGCUAGACAAAAUGUCCGACGGUCGCCCUCACAACGGCGUCAUACUGGAGGCGUCAAAGCUACCGACUGUGCCGGUACUCGGUCUUCGUAAACCAGAAAUCACGAAGGGCUACAUUCCCCUUGAGCUUGCGCCACAGAGUGCAGAAGACGCAAAGAUCAAUGGCAGCCCUCAGGUCAUCAACUCUCUCACUGGUAGCUGGCGCUAUCCCUUCGUUGUCCUCCUCGACGGCAUCACAGAUCCGGGCAACGUUGGCAACAUCAUACGAACAUGUCAUGUGUACGGUGUAGAUGCCGUGGCCGUUGCAACGAACACCUGCGCCAACCUAUCAUCAGCCGUCCUAGCCAAAGCGUCUUCAGGCGCAUGUGAGGCCAUGCGUCUGCUAUCCCUCCCACAGCCUUCCAAUUUCGUACACGACUCGUCCAAAUACAGGUGGAAAGUAUACGCCGCGGUAGCCCCCACCGGCAAGCCCGAUUCCGCCGGACAGUUCCUCAACACCUCAAAACUCGCUGCAGACAGUCCACUAGCCAAACAUCCCUGCAUCCUCAUGCUAGGUGCCGAAGGCGAAGGACUGCGACAAAAUCUGCGCAAUCGCGCAGACCACUUCGUCUCGAUCGAGGGCGGACCAAAAGCAGAAAGCGUGCCCGAUGUCGGCGUGGACAGUAUGAACGUGAGCGUUGCCACCGGAGUCCUCCUCGAGGCAUUUUUGCGAAAGCCAGUAGAUGCGCCGGAUAGUAUAGCCCAGGAUGAGCAGGUCGAGGAGGGGAAGGAGGAGGAGCUUUGAGUGUACAAGUAAGGUAGAGCUGCGUUCAAAGCGAGCAUCUUGUAAAAUUACAUUGCAAUGUAUUGCAUUUACUGUAGUAUAGAAUAGAAUAAGGACACUGGGUCCCAGAUGUAUCAAUACCAAGUCAC